AGUUGUGCAACGCAGAAAAAUCAAGCAAACCUAGUAAAUCUAUAAUGUGUUUUAAUUUGGUGCUCCACAAGUUUGUGUGCUCCGAUUUGUUGUGAAUUUGUUUUUUGCAUAGAGUUUUGGCAAGAUGUUCGUGCAGAAGAAAAAGCUGGUUGAACAUGUCUUGGCAAUGCGUGCCGAAGGGGGCAGUAGUGAUGAUGAUGAGGAGGAGGAGGACCAAGGCGACAUUUUGCAGCGUCGGCGGGAAGAAUGCGAACGCAAGGCGCGUCGUGGGGAAAUGGAUCCCCGGCUGGAGUUCACCUUCCAGCUCCUAAUAGAUGCCACCCAGCUGCCCAGGCAUCAGCUCAUGGACUACAUAUUCGAAGGGGACAUGCUCGAUGAGAUCAACCAGCUAUUCCUUCCGAACAUGAAGAACAAGCUGCUCUGGUUCUACCAGGAGACCGAUGACCCGGAGCCCACUCCAGUGCCCGAUCCGAAUAAGCCGGGACCCUCGCGAUCCGGAGUGGCUUCCAGUAGCUCCAAGACGCCGCAGGGAGGGGCUUCUCCGAGCGGAAUGCCUCCGCCGAAGCACAAGAAGUUGUUCCUUACUGAUGGAUGGACUUGUGCCUUCACAGGAGUUUGUAUUUACAUAUUCCGUGUGAAUACAUCCAAGCAGCUGCCCGAGGAGGGAUUUCAGAAGGAUUUGUAUUGCGGAGUGAUAGAUGCGAAGAACAUCGGAUUGGUCACCUCCAUCGAACGGAUUGUGGAGUUUGUGUUUAUGCAGGCUUUGGCGUUUCCCAGCUUGGAAGGCGACGAGGAGGAUGUGAGCUGCGGACUCAUUAAAGGACAACUUUUGCCAGGACUCCGAUCCUUUUGCAGUGCUUUGCGUGUUUGCGAACAGGUGUGCGACCAUCACAAUGUCUUUGCCGAUGGCUGCGAUAUGUUCGAGAAGAUCGACGAGGUGGAGGAGGUGAAGGACAUGUCCAAGAACCAGGACUUUUGCAGCCAGCUCGAGGAGCGUGUCAAUAACUGGACCAAGGGCAUCCUGAAGAUCCUUGGCGAGAGCGAGCAGCUGCGCAAGGAGAACGAUCACAGUGGGCCGCAGGACGAGUUGGAGUACUGGAAGAAGCGGGGAGCCCAGUUCUCACAGCUCCUGGCCCAUCUGCAGGACAAGGAGGUGCAGUUCACGCUGCACUGCCUCUUCCUGGCCGGAUCGAGGAUUAUUAAGCAGUGGAAGGAGACCGACCGCAAGAUUACCUUCUGCUACAACGAGGCGCGGGAUAACUCAAAGUUCAUCCAGGCCAUGGAGACCUGCUGCCAUUCGCUGUACUUGGACGAUCCUGUCAGCAUGAAGGAGUCCAUCCUGAGUCUGCUGCAAACAGUGCGGCUCAUCUACAGCGUCUCGCAGUUCUACAACACCUCGGAAAGGACCUCUGCUCUGAUGGUCAAGAUAACCAACCAAAUGAUUGAAACGUGCAAAUCGUACAUCACCUGUCGGUGCAAGGAGACCAUUUGGUCACAGGAUCGCAACCUUAUCCGCACAAAACUUAGUAACUGCAUCAAGUUAAAUCACAUCUACCACGAGACCUAUUACACAGUUAGGGAGCAGCCGUUCCUCCCGAAUCAGACACCUUUCGGAUUUUCCGAGAACUUUGUUUUUGGCAAGUUUGACACAUUUUGCGAGCGGUUGUCCAAGAUCAUAAGCAUGUUCAACCUGAUUGACGACUACAAUCACCUAUUCGAGCGACGACUGGAAGGACUUCUCCUGGGAGAGGCCUUGGAGGAUGCCUCCAAUCACUUUGAGGAGGCUAAAAAGGACGUGACUUCCCGAAAGUACGACUACUUGGAUCACCGAAACUCAGAUUUCAAUGUGGAUUUCGAGAGGUUUAUCCACAAAACCAACUCUUUAAAGGACACCAUUGCCACACUGAUUGAAAAGGACUUUGAUACCGUUUGGGAAACGCCGCAGUGCAUCCGAUUUCUGGUGCGAUUCGAGAAGGUCAGCGAGAAGAUUCCGCUGACCAAGAUGGACGAGAAGUACACUCGAAUCCUGCGCUACGUGGAAAAGGAGGUGGAUCGCAUCCUGAAAACCUUUCGCAAGCAGCGCGAUGAUCCUCCGCUGGCCAAAUUUCCCCCAAUCGCCGGCAGGAUACAUUGGUGUCGCGCCUUGAGUCUCCACAUCACGGAACUCAUGGACGCCGUGAUGGACCACGCGGUGCUCAGCAAUUUGCCCAUGGCCAAGGAUCUGGAUGUGCGCUAUCACAAUGUCCUGGGGGUUUUGCAGGAGUACGAGGACGAGAUCGUGUCCAUUUGGCUGGACCAGGAUGUCAGCGUGGCCGAUGCCUGUCUGCUCCAGCCCCUGUUGAGCCUCCAGGGGGACAAGUUGUUCGUCAACCUGCAUCCCACGAUUCCGCUGCUCAUCCGCGAGGCCAAAAUGCUGGCCAAACUGGACAUCGAGUUGCCCAUUGUGGCCGCCACGCUGAUGAGUCGCCAGCAGUACUUUAUCACCAUUCAGGACUCACUGAAUUGCCUCAUAAAAAUGUUUCUUUCAACCGUGAGAGCCGUGAAGUUGGAAGUUCGUCCUUUGUUCCUUCCACAGUUGGUUCGCCUCACAGCAAUGCUAAAGCCAGGAUUGCAUACGAUUAAUUGGACCAACCAAAAUUGGACAGAAUUCUAUGAGCGCUGCAAGCAGGCCAUUGAGAGUUUUGAGGUUUUGGUUGCUCGUGUCCAUGACAUCUACUCGAAUCGCAUUCUCCAUGUCCUCAUGUGGAUGCAGGAUGUCUCCUUGCAGAUUUUACCAGCAGACGAUGAAAUCUGGACAGUUGACGAGUUUCUGGAGCGGAGCGAGGAGGCCUGCCGAAAAGCGGCCAUCGAACUGAACCGGAAGAGCCAAAUGGUCUCCGAGGCGGUGGAAGAGGUCCUCAGUUUGGUGGAUAAGGCCACGGCUGCCUUCAAGGAGAUAGCCGGCGAUGAUGUGAUUACCCUGUUCGAUGCGGCCACUCCGAAGGGAGAGGGUUCCGGAUCGGGGGGCCGCAAGCCGGAGGAUGGAGCCGGUGGAGGAGGAGGCGGAGGUGGAGGUGGCGGAGCUGCUGCCCCAACCACAAGUGGCGGCAGUGGACAGCAGCAGGACUGGAGCAUCCUGUGGUCCUGCUUCGAGAAUCCUCUGUCUCUAUUGUCAACCACUGAAAGUCUGCCCAAGGGCAUGCAGGACAUGGUCUGCAACGCGGUCGUGGAGAUGCGGCGCUACUACAGCCGCAAGGUGAUCGACGUGCUGAUCAAGGUAAUCCGGGCCGCUCUGGACACCCUCCGCCGUCGGUUCAUCGCCGACGAGAACGAGACGGUGGUGAAGAGGCCGAUCUUUGCGCUGCACGCGCAGCUGCAGAUUCCCCAUGUGGUGAUUAAGCCGAAUCUGGACGAGCUGCAGGACAUAUUGGUGACGGCGGGCAAGAACAUCACGGGCAUUGCGAAGGGCGUGGCGCAGUGGAGCAGCGGCAAAGAUCCGCCGCAAGUUUCGAUGACGGCGACGCAGCCGCGCGUCGGACGCAACCACAACGAGUCCUCCGGUGGUGGUGGCGGUGGUGGUGGAGGACUGGGCGGUGGACUCGGUGGCAAGAGUCGGCGGCGCAAGAUCUACUGUCUGGCCUCCGAGGAGCGGCCCCAGAUGCCCCACAUGCUCAAGAGCUUCUACUCGGCCAUCAUGGACAACAAGGAGGUGGCCAAGGCGGUCAACCAGCUGUCCAGCUGCACCAAGAACGUCAAGCCGGAGAUCCAGACGUACAUCAAGCGCUGGAAGCCGUACCACUUCCUCUGGAAGAACGACCGCACCACGCGCCAGCUCAUGGAGUUUGGCCUGCAGGAGUUCGAGACCACGCUGCGCUGCCUCUCCGACCUGGACGCCAAUCUGCUCGUGGAGCCCGACAUGGAGGUCUUCGGCCAGUGCGUCGCGGUCUACAACGAAAGGCUCAAGUAUGGUUUGGCCAUUGAGAUCAAGUCCUGCAACCACAAAAUCGGACAGGCGAUGAAGAAGAAGUACAAGAAGGAGAUGGACUACGUGUACGCGGUAAUCAACGAGAUGGACCGCAAGCUGGACAGGCCCAUUCGCGACCUGGACGAUGUGCGAAUGGUCAUGGAGACCCUGGGUAAGAUUCGGGAGCAGGAGGUGGACAUGGAGCUGCGAAUCGAUCCGAUAGAGGAAGCCUUCAAUGUCCUCACCCGCUACGAAGUGCAGGUGGAGCGGGAGCAAUUCGACUUGGUGGACAACUUGCGGGCCACGUUCCAGAACCUGCUGGCUGGCGCACUGCAGGCGCAGGUCAAGCUGCUGGACAUGCAGCCGGCCUUCCAGGACGACCUGCGCACCAACCUGGACAACUUCAAGCAGGACAAGAUCUCGUACGUGACGGAGUACCGGACGGCGGGGCCGAUGCAGGCCGGACUGAGUCCGCGGGAGGCCUCCGACCGGCUGAUCCUGUUCCAGAACCGCUUCGAGGGCAUGUGGCGACGCCUGCAGACGUACCAAAGUGGCGAGGAACUCUUCGGUCUGCCCCAGACGGACUACCCAGAGCUCGGCCAGAUCCGCAAGGAGCUGAACCUCCUGCAGAAGCUGUACAAGCUGUACAACGAUGUGAUCGAUCGCGUGAGCAGCUACUACGACAUCCCGUGGAACGAGGUGGACAUCGAGGAGAUCAACAACGAGCUGAUGGAGUUCCAGAACCGCUGCCGCAAGCUGCCCAAGGGCCUGAAGGAGUGGCCGGCCUUCCAUGCUCUGAAGAAGACCAUCGACGACUUCAACGACAUGUGUCCGCUACUGGAGUUGAUGGCGAAUAAAGCCAUGAAGCCACGCCACUGGCAACGGAUCAUGGACGUUACUCGCUACAUCUUCGAGUUCGACUCGGAGGGUUUCUCGCUCAAGAACAUAUUGGAGGCGCCGCUGCUGAAGCACAAGGAGGACAUCGAGGACAUCUGCAUCAGCGCCAUGAAGGAGAAGGACAUCGAGGCGAAGCUCAAGCAGGUGACCAACGAGUGGUCCGUCCACGAGCUGCAGUUCAUGAGCUUCAACAAUCGCGGAGAGCUCCUGCUGCGGGGCGACACCACCGCGGAGACCAUUGGCCAGCUGGAGGACAGCCUGAUGGUGCUGGGAUCCCUGCUGUCCAACCGCUACAAUGCACCCUUUCGCAAGCAGAUCCAGCAGUGGGUCUACGACCUGUCCAACUCGAACGAGAUCCUCGAGCGCUGGCUGCUCGUGCAGAACAUGUGGGUCUAUUUGGAGGCCGUGUUUGUUGGUGGCGACAUCGCGAAGCAACUGCCUAAGGAGGCGAAAAGGUUUUCCAAGAUCGACAAGUCAUGGCAGAAGAUCAUGCAGCGGGCCCACGAGACACCUGGUGUUGUGGCCUGUUGCGUCGGUGAUGAUCUGCUGAAGCAGCUGCUGCCUCACCUGCAGGAGCAGCUGGAGAUCUGUCAGAAAUCCUUGAGUGGUUACCUGGAGCGCAAGCGCAUGAUGUUCCCACGCUUCUUCUUUGUGUCAGAUCCUGCCCUGCUAGAGAUACUGGGUCAGGCUUCCGAUUCGCACACCAUACAAAACCACCUCCUCAACAUAUUCGACAACACCAAGUCGGUGAAGUUCCACGACGUCGAGUACAACAAAAUGAUGGCGAUCAUCAGCAGCGAGGGCGAGAUGAUCCAGUUGGACCGCGCCAUUCGGGCCGAGGGUUCCGUGGAGACCUGGCUGACCCAACUCCUGGUCACGGCCCAGGCAUCGCUGCACUCGAUCAUCCGCACUGCCUACGCCACCAUCAACGAUCCCAAUUUCACCCUGCUCAGCUUCCUGGAGAAGGCCCCCGCGCAAAUUGGAUUGCUGGGCAUCCAAAUGGUCUGGACCCGCGAUGCCGAGAUGGCUCUGAUGCGGGGUCGCGAGCGAAAGGUCAUGAUGGAGACCAACAACAAGUUCCUGGAAAUGCUAAACACCCUCAUCGAUCAAACCACUCGAAACUUGACCAAACGGGAGCGCACAAACUUUGAAACUCUGAUUACCAUUCAUGUGCAUCAGCGCGAUAUCUUCGAUAUUUUGUGCCGCAUGAACAUCAAGUCAGCCAACGAUUUUGAGUGGCUGAAGCAAUGUCGUUUCUACUUCAAAGAGGACUUGGACAAAACCUGGAUUUCGGUGACGGAUGUCACGUUCACCUACCAAAAUGAAUAUCUAGGCUGUACAGAUCGCUUGGUUAUCACACCGCUAACAGAUCGUUGUUACAUAACCCUGGCCCAGGCACUUACCUUGUCGAUGGGCGGAGCUCCAUGUGGUCCAGCCGGAACGGGAAAAACGGAAACCGUCAAGGAUAUGGGCAAAACGCUGGCCAAGUACGUGGUCGUCUUUAAUUGCUCCGACCAAAUGGACUACAGAGGUUUGGGUCGCAUCUACAAGGGAUUGGCCCAGUCCGGCAGUUGGGGAUGCUUCGAUGAGUUCAACCGUAUCGAACUUCCGGUUUUGUCGGUGGCCGCCCAACAAGUUGCUGUCGUUCUGACCGCCAAAAAGGAGAAGAGGAAGACAUUCCUCUUCACCGACGGGGAUACCAUUGAAAUGAAUCCCGAAUUCGGCAUCUUCAUAACUAUGAAUCCAGGAUAUGCUGGUCGCAAAGAAUUGCCGGAGAAUCUUAAAAUCCAAUUCCGCACUGUGGCCAUGAUGGUGCCGGAUAGACAGAUUAUUAUACGAGUCAAGCUGGCCAGUUGCGGAUUCCUGGAAAACAUAACGCUGGCCAGGAAGUUCUACACUUUGUACAAACUGUGCGAGGAGCAGUUGACCAAGCAGGUUCACUACGACUUCGGACUGAGGAACAUCCUCUCCGUUCUGCGAACCCUUGGAGCUGCCAAGCGGAGGAACUCCAAGGACACCGAGAGCACCAUUGUGAUGAGGGUCCUGCGCGACAUGAAUCUCUCCAAGCUGAUCGACGAUGACGAGCCGCUCUUCAUGUCCUUGGUCUCGGAUUUGUUUCCCAAUCAGACCCUGGAAAAAACAAAUUACCCAGAACUCGAGGCUGCUAUUCUGCAGCAAACGGACGAGGCCAGCCUCAUAUAUCAUCCUCCGUGGGUCCUGAAACUCAUUCAGCUGUACGAGACCCAAAACGUUCGCCACGGAAUCAUGACCCUGGGGCCGAGUGGAGCCGGCAAGACCACCUGCAUCCACACCUUGAUGAAGGCCAUGACCCAAAUGGGUGACAACCACCGCGAGAUGCGGAUGAACCCCAAGGCGAUCACGGCGGCCCAAAUGUUCGGACGGCUCGACGUGGCCACAAACGAUUGGACUGAUGGCAUUUUCUCGGCCCUGUGGCGCAAAACCCUCAAGCUGAAGGCCGGCGAGCACGUGUGGCUGGUCCUCGACGGACCCGUGGACAGUAUUUGGAUUGAGAACCUGAACUCGGUGCUAGACGACAACAAGACGCUCACCCUGGCCAACGGAGAUCGUCUGACCAUGGCGCCAACCGUGAAAAUCAUAUUCGAACCGCACAACAUCGACAAUGCCUCGCCUGCCACGGUUUCCCGGAACGGAAUGGUCUACAUGAGCUCCUCUGGCCUGGACUCGCGACCAAUUGUUCAGGCCUGGCUUAAAAACCGCGCACCUGGCGAGAAGUCAACCUUCUCGGACUUAUUCGAUCAGACCUUCGUGGAGGUUUACAACUGGGGAGUGCAGAUGGUGAAGCUGCAGAUGCCCGUGCUGCAGUGCAACAUUGUGCAGCAAAUGCUGUUCAUCCUGGAGGGCUUGAUACCCGAAAAGGAGGACGAGCAGGCAGUCAGCCUGUCCAGCAAGGAGAGCCACGAUGCGAAUAAACGUUCAGAGCAUCAAAAACACGUCGAAGAGGCGCGACGGCAAUCGAUUGGCAGUCAGAUUGUCGAGGACCUCCCUCCGGAGACGCUGGUCGAGGAGAAGGAGGACACCUGCACGCCGGAACACUUGCACCGCUUGUACAUCUUCGCGCUCGCCUGGGGACUGGGCGGUUACCUCUCCACUAGCGACCGCCUCAGGAUGAACCUGUUCGUGAAGGAAUCCUUCCCGCAGCUGGACUACCCGAAGGGUAGUGCCCACGAGAACACCAUAUUUGACUUCUUCGUUUCUCCGGCGGGCGUUUGGCAGUCGUGGAAGACGCUCGUCACGCCCUACAUGUAUCCGGAUCUUUCCACACCGGAGUACCUGAGCAUUCUGGUGCCCAUCGUGGAUAAUGUGCGGAUCGACUAUCUGAUCGGCACGAUUGCCAAUCAGGAGCGCGCCGUCAUGGUGAUUGGGGAGCAGGGCACCGGCAAAACGGUGAUCAUGAAGAACUUCAUGCGGAAGAUGAACGUCGAGACGUACAUGGGUCGCUCCUUCAACUUCUCGUCCGCGACCAGUCCGUAUCAGUUUCAGCGCACAAUCGAGAGUUAUGUGGAGAAGCGGGUGGGCGUGACCUUCGGGCCACCAGGUGGUCGCAAGCUGAUCGUCUUCAUCGACGACAUCAACCUGCCCGAGAUCAACGAGUGGGGGGACCAGAUAACCAACGAGAUUGUGCGCCAGUCGAUGGACAUGAAGGGCUUCUACAGUCUGGAGAAGCCCGGUGACUUCACCACCAUCGUCGAUGUGCAGUAUGUGGCCGCCAUGGGUUUGCCCGGCGGCGGACGCAACGACAUUCCGUCGCGUUUGAAGCGACAGUUCUGCGUGUUCAACUGCAACAUUCCGGACAACGAUUCGAUCGACAAGAUCUUCCGCGUGAUCGGCGAGGGCCACUACAAUGCGAAGCGGGGCUUCGUGCCCGAGAUCCGCAGUCUGGUCAAGAAGCUGAUCGUAGUCACCCGCCAUCUGUGGCAGCGGACGCGCGAGAAACUAUUGCCCACGCCGGCCAAGUUCCACUACGUGUUCAGUUUGCGCGACCUGUCGCGCAUCUGGCAGGGCAUGGUUGGCACCCUAUCCACGGUGAUCACCUCCGAGGGCGUCCUCAUGGCCUUGUGGAAGCACGAGUGCACGCGAGUGUUCGCCGAUCGGUUCACCACGUUCCAGGACAAGGAGUGGUUCGGCUCAGAGCUGGCAUGUCUCGUGCGCGAGGAACUGGGCGAUGCCCACUCGCAGAUGAUCCUGCCGAAUCCGGUGUUCGUCGAUUUCAUGCGCGACGCCCCCGAACCGACGGGGGAGGAGGGAGAGGACACCGAUAUGGAGCUACCGAAGGUCUACGAGCCGGUCCACUCACACGAAGUGCUCCGCGAGCGUCUCGUCAUGUUCCUCGCCCAAUUCAACGAAAUGGUGCGGGGCUCGGGAAUGGACUUGGUGUUCUUCCCGGAUGCAAUGCUGCAUCUGGUGAAGAUAUCCCGCAUCAUUCGGCAUCCGAGGGGUUCCGUCAUGCUGGUCGGGGUCGGCGGUUCUGGAAAACAGUCGCUAACGAAAUUGGCAUCGUUCAUAGCCGGCUACAAGACAUUCCAAAUUGCGUUGACGCGUUCGUACAACGUGGCCAACUUUCUGGAGGAUCUAAAGCUGCUCUACCGCACCUGCGGCGUUCAGGGCAAGGGCACGACCUUCCUCUUCACCGACAUGGAUAUCAAGGAGGAGGGUUUCCUCGAGUAUCUCAACAACAUACUCUCGAGCGGCGUCAUAUCGAAUCUAUUCUCGCGCGAUGAGCAGGCCGAAAUCGUGCAGGAACUGACGCCGGUCAUGAAACGCGAGAAUCAACGCAAAACAGCGACCCCGGAAAGUGUGAUGGACUUCUUUUUGGCCAGGGUCUGCACCAACUUGCACGUGGCCUUCUGCUUCUCGCCGGUGGGCGAGACGUUCCGGUCGCGGGUGCAGCGUUUCCCCGCCUUGGUCUCCGGCUGCACCAUUGACUGGCUGCAUCCGUGGCCCAAGGACGCCCUCGUCUCGGUUGCCCGACACUUUCUGAGCCACUUCGAGAUCGAGUGCACGCCGGCCGUCAAGGAGGAGCUAGUGAAUGCCCUCGGCUCCAUACAGGACAUCGUUGCGGAAACGUCGCAGGAGUACUUCCAGCGAUUCCGGCGCGCAACGCACGUGACACCCAAAUCUUAUCUGAACUUCAUUGCCGGCUACAAGAACAUCUACCAAAUGAAGCAGCAAGAGCUGCGUGAUGGUGUGGAGAAGAUGGAUACGGGCUUGGAGAAACUGAAAGAGGCCUCCGCCUCGGUUGAGAUCCUCAAGAAGGAUCUGGUGGUGAUGGAGGAGGAGCUGGUCGAGGCCUCCAAGAACGCGGAAUCAGUGCUAGUGGAGGUGACGGAGCGCGCGAUGCAAGCGGAGAUUGUCAAGAACCAGGUGCUCAUCGUCAAGGACAAGGCCGAAGCCUUGGUGGCCUGCAUUGCCCAGGAGAAGGCGCUGGCCGAGGAGAAGCUGGAGGCGGCCAAGCCAGCCCUGGAGGAGGCCGAAAACGCCUUGAACACCAUCAAGCCGGCGCACAUUGCCACGGUGAGGAAACUGGGCCGUCCGCCGCAUCUGAUCAUGCGGAUCAUGGACUGCGUGCUCAUCCUCUUUAAGCGGAAGCUGCAUCCCUGCAUUCCCGACGCGGGCACUCCCUGUCCGAAGCCCUCGUGGCAGGAAUCCCUGAAGAUGAUGGCCAGCGCAACUUUCCUGCUGCAGCUGCAGAACUACCCAAAGGACACCAUCAACGACGAGAUGAUCGAUCUGCUGCAGCCGUACUUCCGCAUGGAGGACUACAACAUGGACAUGGCGCGGCGGGUGUGCGGCGACGUCGCCGGCCUGCUGUCCUGGACAAAGGCCAUGUCCUUCUUCCACAGCGUCAACAAGGAGGUGCUGCCCCUCAAAGCGAAUCUAACGAUGCAGGAAGCGCGACUUAAGCUUGCCAUGGACGACUUGGCAGGUGCGGAGGAGCAGCUGCGGGAACGGGAGGAGGCUCUGCAGGCUGUCAAGGAUCAGUACGACAAGGCUGUUGGCGAAAAGCAGCGGCUGACAGAUGCGGCCAAUGUUUGUCUGCGGAAAAUGACAGCGGCUACGGCUUUAAUCAACGGCUUGUCCGAUGAAAAGCACCGGUGGACCAACCAGAGCAAGGAAUUCAAGAUACAGUUGGGCAAACUGGUGGGAGAUGUCCUUUUGGCCACCGGAUUCCUAUCCUAUUGCGGCCCCUACAACCAGGAAUUCCGAGCCAAUCUCAUUAAGACCUGGAUGGGAAUACUGAAACAGAAGAAUAUACCCUUCACCACUGGAUUGAAUAUCAUUAACAUGUUGGUGGACUCGUCAACUGUGUCCGAAUGGACCUUGCAAGGAUUACCCAACGAUGAGUUGUCGGUGCAGAACGCUUUAAUAGCAACAAAGUCCAGUAGUUAUCCUUUGUUGGUGGAUCCGCAAACGCAGGGAAAGAUCUGGAUAAAGUGCAAGGAGGAUCGCAAUGAGCUGCAGAUCACUUCCCUGAACCACAAGUACUUCCGCACUCAUCUCGAGGACUCACUUUCACUCGGCAGACCACUUCUGAUCGAGGAUGUGGGCAUCGACUUGGAUCCGGUGAUUGACAAUGUCCUGGAGAAGAACUUCAUCAAGUCGGGCAGCAUUGAAAAAGUAUUGGUGGGCGACAAGGAAUGCGAUGUGAUGCCGGGCUUCAUGCUCUACAUCACCACUAAGUUACCCAAUCCAGCUUUCAGUCCGGAGGUCAGUGCAAAGACAUCCAUAAUUGAUUUCACUGUUACCAUGCGGGGACUGGAGGAUCAGCUUUUGGGAAGAGUUAUCCUGAUGGAGAAAUCCGAUCUGGAAGCCGAGCGAGUUGCACUCUUUGAAACAGUAAUGCAAAAUCAGAGGAAUAUGAAGGAGUUGGAAGCGAAUCUCCUGCUUCGCCUGAGCUCAUCCCAAGGAUCCUUAGUGGAUGAUGAGGCUUUAAUUGAGGUCCUGCGGGUUACUAAAACCACAGCGGAGGAGGUCAACCAAAAACUCAAAAUCUCCGAGGUCACAGAGCGAAAGAUUAUGAAGGCCAGAGAAGAAUUCCGAGCGGUGGCCAAACGCGGAUCGAUUCUCUAUUUCCUGAUUGUGGAGAUGAGCAAUGUGAAUGCCAUGUACCAGAAUUCACUAAAACAGUUCCUGGUGAUCUUCAACCACUCCAUCACCAAGUCCACAAAGUCCAGUGUCACCGAGGAGCGAAUAAAUAUCAUAUUGCGAUAUCUUACCUAUGAAGUCUACAAGUUCACCAACCGCAGUUUGUACGAAAGACACAAGCAACUAUUUACCUUAAUGCUGGCCAUCAAAAUAGAUUAUCACAAUGGAAAUAUCAGUCACGAGGAAUUCCUGACCUUUAUUAAGGGCGGUGCCUCAUUGGAUUUAAAUGCCGUGACCCCGAAACCCUUCCGCUGGAUCCUAGACAUCACCUGGCUAAAUCUGGUGGAGAUCAGCAAGCUGGAAACCUUCUCCACGGUUCUCCAGGUGAUUGAGUUGAACGAGAGGGACUGGCGCUGCUGGUAUGAAUGUGAGAAGCCGGAAAUCGAGGAAAUCCCCUGCGGAUAUAAUGCCAUACUAGAUGGUUUCCGGAAACUGCUGCUUAUCAGAUCUUGGUGUCCCGAUCGCACUAUUUCACAAGCUAAGAAAUACAUAGAAGAAUCCCUGGGAAGCGAGUACAGCGAAAUGCAAAUUCUAGAUCUGGAGGAGAUGUGGCUCGAAUCGGAACCUCGCACGCCAUUUGUGUGCCUCCUUUCCAUAGGAUCGGAUCCAACUACCCAGAUUGGAGCUCUGGCCAAGCAAAAGAGCAUAGUUCUCAAAUCCGUUUCGAUGGGCCAGGGGCAGGAGUACCACGCCCGCAAGAUGAUAAUCGAAUCGAUGGCCAUCGGCGGAUGGGUGCUCCUCCAGAACGUGCACCUGUCGCUGCCCUUCUGCUCCGAGAUAAUCGACAUGCUGGUGGAGAGCGAGCACAUCGACGACUCCUUCCGGAUGUGGGUAACGACGGAGCCGCACAACGAGUUCCCCAUCGGACUGCUGCAGAUGGCUCUCAAAUUCACUAAUGAACCACCACAGGGGAUACGUGCGAGUCUAAAGCGCAGCUACCAGUCGUUCACCCAGGACUUCCUCGACUACACGUCCGCCUCGCAGUGGCCUCCGCUGCUCUACACCGUCGCCUUCCUCCACACCAUUGUUCAGGAGCGCCGAAAGUUCGGUCCUUUGGGCUGGAACAUACCCUACGAGUUCAACCAGGCGGACUUCGCGGCCAGUGUGCAGUUCAUCCAGAACCACCUGGACGAGAUGGACCCCAAGAAGGGCGUCUCCUGGCAGACGCUCGUCUACAUGAUUGGCGAGGUGCAGUAUGGCGGUCGGGUGACCGAUGAUUUUGACAAGCGAUUACUGACCACCUUCACGUCGGUGUGGUUCUGCGAGCCACUGCUGUCCAACUCCUUCGAGUUCUACAAGGGAUACAAGGUGCCGGGGACGAAGAGUCUGCAGGGGUUCAUCGAUUACAUCAACAGUUUGCCGGCCUACGACACGCCCGAAGUAUUUGGCCUGCAUUCGAAUGCCGACAUCACGUACCAAAUAAACUCGGCCAAAGGCAUCCUCGACACCAUUCUGAGUGUGCAGCCCAAGGAGGGCGGCGGCGGAGGCGGCGAGACCCGGGAGAGCAUCGUCUAUCAGCUGGCAGAUGACAUGCUGCGCAAACUUCCCGCCCAGUACAACGCCUACGAGGUGCGGGAGAACCUCACCCGGAUGGGCAUCCUCCUGCCCAUGAACAUUUUCCUGAGGCGAGAAAUCGAUCGGAUGCAGAGGGUCAUCAAGCGGGUUCACACCUGCCUCUGCGACCUGAAGCUGGCCAUCGAUGGCACCAUUGUGAUGAGUCCCGCCCUCAAGGAGUCACUCGAUGCCAUGUACGACGCCAGGAUUCCGGAGACCUGGAUGAAGAUCUCCUGGGAGUCGACCACUUUGGGUUUCUGGUACACCGAGCUGCUGGAACGCAACGGGCAGUUCAGAACCUGGAUAUCCACAGACCGGCCCAAGGUUUUCUGGAUGACCGGCUUCUUUAAUCCGCAGGGCUUUCUAACAGCCAUGCGACAGGAGGUGACGCGGGCCCACAAAGGCUGGGCCUUGGACUCGGUGGUUCUGCAGAAUCAAAUAACGCGCUACAACAAAGAGGACAUAACCGAGUACCCAACGGAGGGGGUCUACGUGCACGGACUGUUCCUGGAGGGUGCCUCCCUGGAUCGUCGCAGUGGCAAGCUGAUUGAGUCCAAGAUGAAGGUGCUGUACGAGCAGAUGCCGGUCAUCUAUAUAUACGCGAUAAACACGACGGCCGGCAAGGACCCCAAGCUGUACGAGUGCCCCAUCUACCGAAAGCCCCAGCGAACGGACCUUAAGUACGUGGGUUCGAUUGAUUUCGAGACCGAAUUCAAUCCCAAGCACUGGACCCUGCGAGGAGUGGCCCUCCUGUGCGACAUCAAGUGAACCGCCCAAUUGGCCGAAUGGCCAUUGUUUGCCGUCAUCUCAUGUCAACGGCUGUACGUGAGUGGGGCUCCUAAUGGCCCUGUGAUAAUUAUCUUUUUUUUCUUCUUUUUUUUCUUUGUUUUUGGGUUGGUGGGUGGACGUUAAAGUUUUGUGUAAUCCGGCGCAAAUACAACGUUAUUAAUUAGGCCCUCGGGCGAGGUGGAACACAGAGCAAACUGUUUGCACUCGGGAACAACCAGCACAAUUAUUAGCUCUUAUCCAUUUUGGUCAAUCCUGCGAGGCGGGUUACCAAAAAAAAAAAAAAGAAAAUCACAUAUAGUAGAAUCCUUAGAGAGUUAAGCAUGUGAGUAGCGAAAUCGCAGAGUUUAAUAAAGGCAAACGAAUGUGUAGAAAUUAAGCUGCAAGUCUUUUGGCCA